AUUUUUGUUGUUGUUGUUAAAUGAUUUUAUUGAGUUUUAGUUGCUAAUUAGCUACGUUACAGUCGCUUGGACGCACUGCGACACUUCACACCAAAAUCUAUAGGCCUAAAUGCGAGCCAUCGCUUUGAGGUUUCAAUCCAUUGCAUUACAAUUUCAGGUUUAGUCGACCAUUCGUUCGAGCGGGAGACAGGUGUCGUCGUGUAAGCGUUUAUAGGCCAACCAAAAGCAGCUACCCACCCCGCCAGAAUGGAGCAGUGGAACAAUGUGGAGCUGACGAACAUGUCCAAAAAGUCAUACACACUGAAUCAUGCCUACAAUAUGGCCGAAAAGCUCAACAAGGAGAACAACGCUGCUCCGACCUCCAAUGGUAGUGGUAGUGGUAGUGGUAGUAUUAAAGGUAACGACAGUGUCCAGGCCAAGGACCAAACAGACAGCUCGGUCCUUAAGCCUGGCUCUGAUGUACGGCCAAAAGUGGAGCCCGAAGAUGUGGAGAACCUUUUGCGACGACUGUAUGGCAUCACAGUGAGCGAAGUGAAAGAGAUUCUGGCCUACGAUGAUCGUAACUUUCUGAUCCAUGAAGACAGCAAUGUGAAGAAUCCCCUGAUUGUCUCCCACUGCCCCCAUGGCUAUAUCCUGAAGAUUAUGAAUUCGUUGGACUCUAAGAAAGAAGACGUUGUGGAUGCGCAGAACCAAGUGAUGCUUUAUCUAUCAAAACAACAAAUAAAGUGUCCCCGUCCUAUUGCCAAUGCCAGCGGAAGGUAUUACUCGGUGGAAAAGCUAAAUGGCACAGCCCAUGUGGUGCGCCUCUUGGAGUUUGUUCCCGGCCAAAUAUUCCGCGAUGUUCCAAUCACCAAGUAUCUGCUGUUUCAAAGUGGCGAAUACUUGGCGAAAUUGGACCGAGCUCUGAAGGAUUUCACCCACGAAGCCUAUGAAACCCACUCAACAACAUGGAUGCUGCAGAACGUACCGGCCGUGAGAGAGUUUCUGUUCGCCGUCAAGGAUCAGGAGCGAAAAGCCUUGUGUGAGGAGGUGAUCGAUGCCUUCGAGUCGAAGGUAUUGAGUGUGGUGCCCACCCUGGAUCAUCAGAUAAUCCAUGGCGACUUCAAUGAGUCGAAUAUUGUUAUCGAAACGGCACCAAAUCAGACGGACCACAACAUCAAGGGAGUGAUCGAUUUUGGGGACAUGAGCAAGUCGCCGCUUCUCUUCGAAAUUGGCAUUGCCUUGACCUACAUGACGCUGGAGGCGAAAGAUCUGGCCAGCGGUGGCAUCUUCCUGGCAGGAUAUACCAGCAUAAAGCCAGUCAGUAGCACAGAGCUGGGGUAUCUCAAGUAUUGUGUGGCUGCUCGUCUCGUCCAGAGCCUGGUAUUGGGCCUGUACACGCACAGCUUGCAUCCCACCAAUGAUUACCUGCUGUCCACCCAACACGAGGGCUGGAAGCUCCUCGAGAAGCUGUGGAAGGAUAGUUUUGACUCCGUGGACGAACUGUGGUCGACCACAGGCCAUCAGUACUUGACGCAAAGCAAUAAAUAAACUAGAAAAUUAGAAAAGUGUCAAUUAUAAGAAAUGUUUGCUUUAAAUAUUACUUUUAUCCGAUAUAUUAUUAUCAUCAUAAUCUUUACAAUAAAACUUGUUAAACAAAUACAAAUACAUCGUAUGUAGUACAUAUUGCUUAGAUUUAGGUGUUUCGUUAGUUUUGGGUUCUCUAGAGACGUGGCAAUUACAUAUUUCCAAUCGAUUUUCAGUUGAAUUGAACUAAUUAACGCUAAUUACAUUUUGGAUCGUAUUCGUGUAAAAAUAUGUUUGAACAAAGUUCGUUCUUCCUGCCAAUAUACAAUUUGUUCCUCCCCCUGGCGACUAUCUAAUUCUACAUAUAUAUCCAUUGAUCUGGCAUCUACUUAAUGCUAUAAUUACAAAUAUCUCUCCUUUCUCGCUUAACACCUACUGAAAUGUACAAAAGUGCAGUGCCGCUGCGGGAUCUGCUUUGCACAAGCUUUAGGCAUGAUUAUUGAUGCUCCUCUUCCUUUCUUAUCUCGUUGCCAAAUGGUAAACUCAUCAAACAGAAGACGUCUUGAACAAAUGGUAUAUAUGGUGGGGACUGCGACGCUACUUGUUGUUGCUUAAACAUGUUUUUUACAGCUUGAAAAUCAAGUUUUAUUUAUUUUUGUAUAUAUUAAGGGUGUUUUUUUUUGUUUUAACUAAAAAGAAGUUAAUAAAGUAAAAAACAAUACGUUAAAGAUAACUUUAAGCUUAACACAAUUUUUACACACGCUCAAAAAAAAGUAAAAAAAAGAGGGGAGUGGGGGGCGUAUAAAUUUACAAUAAAAGUCAAAAUAAUAAUCAGACAUAUACCUGAGUGUAAAAAAAGCUCUUAUAAACACACAGACGCACACACAAUAAAACAUAUAAAUAAAGGGACAAAAUUGUUACAAUAAUGAUCUAUGAAAAAAAAUUGGUUUAAAAAUUUAAAAAGUAUAAAUGUCAUUUUGUUUUUAUGCCAAAAAUUAGACAUUUACAAUAAUAAUCAAGAUAGUAAUCAGAGAUAUACUUGAAUGUAUAAAAAA